GGAGUUGCGAUAGUGCAGACUUUUUGCAGGAGGGGGAAGCGAAAAUCACGGAAUGUGACGGGUGUUGUUGACGUAGUGUAUUUGCUGGAUGGAUUACCGGGGUUCCAAUGGCCGCGUGGUCCCGUUUCUUGAUCACGCCCUCUCUGGAUCAACCCGUCGACGGUGGAAUAUCUCUUGUCAGAAUCUAAACACAAAUGGCCGCCGUCCCGCACUUCCCCAGACCGCGUGGACGCAUGGGCUCUUGAUCCUGAAAACCCAUCUGAUAACCAGACUCCUAGCGUCCGCCCAGAUGCGUUCCGAAUUCGCUUCCGCCCUCGGCCUCUUGGCCGGCCUGCUUACGGUUACCGAACCGGUAUCGGCUCGGCCGGACAUAUACGCCCGUUCACAACAGAUCCGACGUCAAAACUCAGAAUGCGCCGAAGACCUAGCAGAUGUCUUGGAUAAUGCGCCGACAACAUCGAUGUCAUGGGGGGCCACGGCCUGCGAUUAUACCUCUACACUAUCAGGCUUAGAACUCUCCGUCACCUAUGCCUCAUUCAGGAGCCGAAUGUCUUCAUGGUACAGCGACGACCUCGAUGAUAUCACCAAGCUCGAAGCCAGCUGCACGCAGUAUACUUCCAUCUUUAAUGUCAUCCGGAACUGCUACGUGACUGGAGUCGUGCCGACCGCCGCCACAUCUACAUCAACAAUAGCAUCUUCAACGGUAGUUACUACUACGAGCACUGGGUCUGGAGGUAUUACUACGGCGACUGUGACAACAACAUCUACCCCUGACAGUGGAAGCGGCAUGGACGAUGGCGCGAAAGCUGGACUUGCCAUUGGUAUCAUCCUUGCUGUUCUUCUCCUGAUGUUCAUCGGAUACAAGUUCUUCAUGAAAUACCGUCAAAAGAAGUUAGCCGACGCCGCAGCAAUGUCAUCGAAUGGAAACAUCGGACCAGAGAUGGGAGUCGCAGCCGCCGGUGGAGCAUUGGUCGUCGCUGCUCUGGGAAGUACCAAGUCUCGACCAGAACAAAGCGAGGUAUAUGCCUACAAAUCGGAACUCAGCGGAGAGUCGAGGCCAAUGUCCGAACUCGAUCCACGGCCGAUAUCCGAGCUGGACCCAGCAGCAGCUGUUGCAGCCAGCGGGGCCACCGGCGUCCAUCGACAUGUCGCGGAGCUGGACCCCAACCCUCCGACCCAGCUGAGUGAGCUGCCAGCGGACAACUACGACCCAACCGCGACGACGAAUUCGCCUCCUCCGGCAUACGUAUCUCCGGUGACUGAUACCGGGACUCGUAACACGCUUUACUCGGUGGUCUCGCCGGUGUCCCCAGAGGCGAGUACGAUGCGAUCAUCAGGACUUGGAAUUUCUACAAUUUCAGAAGCAGACGUCUCGCAGAGCGGCGAUGGUAGUAGUGCAGGAGCGGCGAAUUCUGCUCCAACAACGCAUAAUGAGACAGUACAACAGGGAUGGGGCAGAGGGUGGAUGCAAAGGGACUGAACCAUCUGAAACGACGCUUCUGCCAGAGGUUGGGAUAUAUGAUAUUGGCCAUGAAGGUGAGAGCACAGGAAAAACUCUCAUGUGUGAGCAAUGAGCAGUAAAGGCCUGUCUGAGGCUCAUUCAGAGUGCCUAAAGUCAUCAAAUUUCUUGAAAUUCCUAUUCUCAAGGCGGCCUACCUACUUAUUAGACUGCCUACCAUUAGAUACCCUUCUACCUUAUUACACAAAAUGCUUCUCGUUUUAACUCGUG